AUGUUCAGAACUGUUUUAAAACAAAGUGCUAUUAUUGCCAAACAACAACAAAAAUCAUUGUUAUUUAAAACUGCCACCACUGGGAUUAAUACUGGUGCAUUAAGAUUUUACUCUGCUGCUAGUACUCUAAGUAAAGAUGAUAUCACCAAAAGAGUAAUUGAUGUUGUUAAAUCUUUUGACAAAGCUACUGCUGCUAAGGAAAAUAUUACUGCACAAACUACUUUCCACAAAGAUUUAGGUUUAGAUAGUUUAGAUACUGUGGAAUUAUUAGUUGCUGUUGAGGAAGAGUUUGAUAUUGAAAUCCCAGACAAAGUUGCUGAUGAGUUGAAAAGUGUUGGUGAAACCAUUAAUUACAUUUCUUCUAAUCCAGAAGCCAAUUAG